CAGUUCGCUGUCGUGCCCUGCUUUGCAUUGCCAAUAUGGUUCAGGCUUUGGCUCCAGAAGAUCUUGGUGGAAUUCCUGGUUUGGUUAGCAUGUGGACAUGUUUGGCACAAAUGGCAUUUGUGCAAAUGGAUUCUAAAGACUUUGAACUCUUGGAGGCAAGCACCAGUGCUUGCAGGUCAGUGCUGCAGACUCUAGUUUCAUUUGUUGCCAGUGCUGGAAAUGGUGGCACAUCACCUCUGCCUAGUGUGUCUGAUGAAGAACUUGGAGUACUCGCUGAAGUGGGUCUGCAAUGCUCUGAACCAUCUGUAAGGACUAAUGUGACCCGCAUCAUGGCCGCAUUAGGUUGCCUGUUGGGUGCCCAUGAGACUCGUGUCCUCAAGGUUUGUUGCUUUUGCAAGUAGUCCACCAUUUUGCUC